AUGACGCGGAUUUACAGGGAAGAAUGCUACGAGGGAUCUAUGGAAGUGAGAGACGUCUCCGGUCGGAGAUGCGUUAAAUGUGGCCGAGCUCAAGCCACCACCACGAUGAGGAUUAGGACGGGAAUUGUUUUUUGGAAUCUCUUCUUUUCUCUCAUGUUCACCUGUGUCAAAGGUUUUAUCCAUACUUGUGGAGGCACUUUAAAGGGGAGGAAUGGGACAAUAGAAAGCCCUGGGUUUCCAUAUGGUUAUCCCAAUGGAGCAAACUGUACCUGGGUGAUCAUUGCAGGAGAGGGCAACAGGAUACACAUAGUUUUUCAAUCUUUCGCUGUGGAAGAAGAAUAUGACUUUUUAUCUUUGUAUGAUGGGCACCCACACCCAGCAAACUUCAGAACAAGGUUAACAGGAUUUAGCAUCCCUACACCUGUUACCAGUUCUGGCUCAAUAUUUUCACUGAGGCUUACCAGUGACUUUGCAGUAAGUGCUCAUGGAUUUAAAGCAUCCUAUGAAGAGCUCCGGAGCAGCUCGUGUGGAAAUCCGGGCAUUCCACCUAAAGGCAUACUGAAUGGGACCCAGUUCACUGUGGGGGCAAAGAUCCGUUAUAGGUGUAUCUCUGGCUAUGUCCUAGAUGGCCAUUCACUGCUCACCUGUGUCACUAAUGCAGCUGGUGUGUCCGUGUGGGACUUCCCUGUCCCAAUCUGCAGAGCGGAGGACACAUGUGGUGGAACCCUGAGGGGUUCCAGCGGCGUUAUAUCCAGCUUUGAUUUCCCCAGUGGGGGAUCCCCUGGUGCUGGAGGACUAGGCAGUAGUGGAGAGUGUAAAUGGACCGUCCUAGCUGACCCGGGAGAUACCAUCUCAUUGGUGUUUACAGAAUUCCAAAUGGAAGAGAAGUCUGAUUAUCUUGAAGUAGAAGGAUCAGAAUCGCCAACAAUUUGGCUUACUGGGAUGAAUAUCCCUGCACCAGUCAUAAGCAACAAAAACUGGCUGCGGCUGCAUUUUGUGACCGAGAGCAACCAUCGCCACAAAGGCUUCAGGGCUCAAUAUCAAGUGAAAAGCUCUGGAGAGCUUAAAUCCAGGGGAGUAAAAUUAUUACCAGGGAAGGACAACACAAACAAACUUUCUUUGAUGAAUGAAGGAGGAGUCAAGCAGUUGUCUAAUUACUGUCCUGACCCUGGAGAACCAGAAAAUGGCAAAAGGAUUGGCUCAGACUUAAGCAUUGGAGCAACUGUUCAAUUCAUCUGCGAUGAAGACCAUGUGCUGCAGGGUUCCAAAACGAUUACCUGCCAGCGCGUUGCCGAAGUCUUUGCAGCUUGGAGCGACCACAGGCCCGUCUGCAAGGUAAAAACUUGUGGGUCAAAUCUACUGGGACCUUCGGGAACAUUUACUUCACCUAACUUUCCUAUCCAAUAUGAAAGUAACUCCCAGUGUGUGUGGAUCAUCACUGCCAGUGACCCAAACAAGGUCAUUCAGAUCAACUUUGAAGAAUUUGACUUGGAAAUAGGUUAUGAUUCACUUACGAUUGGAGAUGGAGGAGAAGUAGGGGAUUCAAAAACAAUAAUACAAGUACUAACUGGGAGCUUUGUACCAGACCUGAUUGUCAGCAUGUCCCAUCAGAUGUGGCUUCAUCUGCAAUCUGAUGAAAGUGUGGGCUCCAUUGGCUUCAAGAUCAACUAUAAAGAAAUUGACAAAGAAAGUUGUGGUGAUCCUGGUACACCACUCUAUGGCUACCAAGAGGGAAGUGGCUUUUUAAAUGGAGACGUUCUACGAUUUGAGUGCCAAUUUGGAUUUGAGCUCAUUGGGGAGAGGAUGAUAACCUGCCAGAACAACAAUCAGUGGUCUGCAAAUAUUCCCAUCUGCAUAUUUCCCUGUUUUUCCAACUUCACGGCUCCCAUGGGGACUGUGCUAUCUCCUGACUAUCCAGAAGGCUAUGGCAACAACCUCAACUGUGUAUGGUUGAUCAUCUCAGAGCCUGGCUCCAGAAUUCACUUGGCAUUUAAUGACUUUGACCUGGAACCGCCCUAUGACUUCCUCACCGUCAAAGAUGGUGACCAGUCAGGAUCCACCAUUUUAGGACGUUUCUCUGGAGCAGAAGUUCCCUCCCACCUGACAUCCAAUAGUAACAUCCUGCAGCUGGAGUUUCAAGCUGAUCACUCCAUGUCAGGGAGGGGGUUUAACAUCACCUAUAGCACUUUUGGGCGUAAUGAGUGCCCUGACCCUGGCAUACCACUGAAUGCCAGACGCUUCGGGGACAGUUUCCAACUGGGCAGUUCCAUUUCUGUUGUCUGUGAAGAGGGCUUCAUCAAGACGCAGGGUGCUGACACCAUUACAUGCCAUUUAGAGGAAGGCAAGGUGAUGUGGAGCGGCCUCAUCCCUAAAUGUGAAGCUCCCUGCGGUGGUCACUACUCAGGUCCAACUGGGGUAAUUCUGUCUCCAGGAUGGCCGGGCUAUUACAAAGACUCACUUAGUUGUGAGUGGGUCAUAGAAGCUGAGUCAGGACGCUCCAUCAAGAUCAGCUUUGACAGGUUUCAAACUGAACUCAGCUAUGACUUUCUGGAAGUUCAUGAUGGCCCAAACCUGCUUUCACCUUUGAUUGGUUCAUUCAACGGAACACAGGUUCCUCAGUUUCUUUUUAGUACCAGCAACUUCCUAUAUUUGCUGUUCACCACGGACAAUAGUAGAUCCAACAGUGGCUUCAAAAUCUUCUAUGAAGUUGUCACUGUGGACACAUACUCCUGUAUGGAUCCGGGUAUCCCAGUCAAUGGCGUACGGCUAAGCAGCGACCUGUCCAUCGGCUCUUCAAUAUCCUUCCAAUGUGAUCCAGGAUACAGAAUAAGCCUUGAAGAACCACUGGUUUGUGAAAAGAACCACUUCUGGAGCCACCCUCUGCCCACUUGUGAUGCAUCUUGUGGUGGGGAUAUCAAAGGGCCUGGUGGUGUCAUCCUUUCGCCUGGCUACCCUGAGUUGUAUCCAAACUCUUUGAACUGUACAUGGACUGUAGAAGUUAGCCACGGAAAAGGUGUGCGAUUCACUUUCCACUCCUUCCACUUGGAGGAUCAUCAUGACUAUCUGCUUAUAACUGAAAAUGGCAGCUUCGCUCAGCCACUGGCUCGACUCACUGGCUCAGAGAGGCCGGCUUCGGUUAACGCGGGCCUGUAUGGCAACUUCAAAGCGCAGCUCCGCUUCAUUUCGGACUUCUCCAUAUCUCUUCAGGGAUUCAACAUCUCCUUCUCAGAGUAUGACCUUGAGCCCUGUCAGGACCCUGGCAGACCUCACUUUGGCUGGCACGCGGGCUCAAGGUUUGGUAUUGGUGAUACCCUUUUGUUCCAUUGCAACACUGGCUAUCGGCUGCAGGGGGCAAAGGAGAUUGUGUGUCUGGGAGGUGGCCGCCGUAUGUGGAGUGCCCCUCUGCCAAGGUGUGUGGCCGAAUGUGGAUCGACAGUCUCCAAAAAUGAGGGUGUUCUUUUGUCGCCAAACUAUCCAAUGCCGUAUGAUAACAGCCACGAAUGUGUGUACAGCAUUCAUGUUCAAAGAGGCAAAGGCAUCAACAUCACAGCCAAUACAUUUCAACUUGCACAAGGUGACAUCCUUAAGGUGUAUGAUGGUAAAGAUGGUGCAGCUCCACUCCUCAGCACAUACACUGGUACAUCCAUGCAAGGUUUGUCUCUGACCAGCACAUCAAACUAUAUGUGGCUGGAAUUCUACUCUGACCAGGAUGGCACAGCAGCUGGUUUUCACCUUACAUACUAUAGCUUUGAGCUAUCCCAUUGUGAUGAACCAGGAGUGCCACAAUUUGGCUUUAAAGUUAGUGACCGGGGUCACUUUGCUGGGAGUGCAAUAUCAUAUGGCUGUGACCAAGGUUACACUCUACAUGGAAGUGGCAUACUUAAAUGUAUGACAGGAGAGAGAAGAGCCUGGGACAACAGCCUUCCAUCAUGUAUCGCCGAGUGUGGUGGCAGUUUCAAGGGGAAAUCUUCAGGGCGCAUUCUCUCACCUGGUUAUCCCUUUCCUUAUGACAACAACCUGAGGUGCACAUGGACCAUUGAGGUCACCUCUGGAAAUAUUGUCAGCCUCCAGUUUCUUGCUUUCGACACUGAGGCAUCCCAUGAUAUUCUGAAGGUAUGGGAUGGGCCUCCAGAAAAUGAAAUGUCUCUGAAGGAGGUUAGCGGCUCACUGCUGCCUGAGGGAAUUCACUCAACUCUCAAUGUGGUCACCAUUCAGUUUGAAACUGACUUUUACAUCACCAAAUCUGGGUUUGCCAUUGAUUUCUCGAGCUCUCUUGCCACUGCCUGCAGGGAUCCAGGUAUUCCCAUGAAUGGCAGUCGCAAUGGGGAAGGGCGGGAGCCCAGUGACUCAGUGACCUUCUCUUGUGAUCCGGGAUAUGAAUUGCAGGGGGAGAGCAAAAUCACCUGCAUCCAAGUGGAAAAUAGAUACUACUGGCAACCCAGCCCUCCAAGCUGCAUUGCUCCAUGUGGGGGAAAUGUGACGGGAUCUUCAGGAUUCAUCCUGUCACCCAACUACCCACACCCCUAUCCUCACAGUAAAGACUGUGAUUGGCUUAUUGCUGUCCACUCUGACUAUGUCAUCUCAUUGGCAUUUAUCAGCUUCAGUAUUGAGCCCAACUAUGAUUUCUUGUACAUCUAUGAUGGGCCAGACAGCAGCACUCAUCUGAUUGGCAGUUUCCAGGACAGUAAACUUCCUGAAAAGAUUGAGAGCUCCUCCAACUUCAUGUACUUGGCAUUUCGUAGUGAUGGCUCUGUGAGCUACACUGGCUUUCAUUUAGAGUACAAAGCCAAACUGCGGGAGGCCUGUUUUGAUCCAGGGAAUGUGAUGAAUGGCACAAAAAUGGGCACUGACUAUAAGCUGGGAUCAAUGGUUACAUUUAAUUGUGAGUCUGGAUAUCUGCUGCAAGGUUAUUCUACGCUGACGUGUGUCAUGGGCAACAGCAAGAGACCAGAAUGGGAUAGAAGCAAGCCAAGUUGCCAAGCUCCCUGUGGUGGUCACUUCACUGGUUCAGAGGGCACUGUGCUUUCCCCCAACUAUCCACAUAAUUACACCAGAGGCCAGAGCUGUGUGUAUGACAUCUUCGUCCCAGGGGACUUCGUGUUAUUUGGCCAGUUUGUGGUGUUUCAAACAUUGCCGAGUGACGUUGUGGAGAUCUAUGAUGGAUCUACCACCGAUGCAUCGCUUCUCUCAUCGAUUUAUGGAUCCCAUUCAGGGGAGACACUCCCUUUGAGCUCAGGAAAUAAGGUAACACUUAAGUUUACCUCAAAUGGAACGGACACAGCAAAAGGAUUUCAUUUUGUUUACCAAGCCGUCCCCAGGACAAGCUCCUCUCAGUGUAGCUCGGUCCCGGAGCCCCGUUUUGGGAAGCGUAUUGGGAAUGACUUUGGCACAAGUAUGGUUGUGCUCUUUGAAUGCAAUCCAGGCUAUACGCUGCAUGGCGCCAGUGCCAUCAAGUGUGAGGCUGUGCCCAAUGCUCUGGCCCAGUGGAAUGGCACUGUGCCCACAUGUGUUGUUCCCUGCGGAGGGGUGCUGACAGGCCGCAAAGGCACUAUACUGUCUCCUGGAUAUCCAGAUCCAUAUGCCAACUAUCUGAACUGUAACUGGAAAAUAGCUGUUCCCGAGGGAGCUGGCAUCCAAAUUCAAGUGGUGACCUUUGCAACAGAGCACAACUGGGAUUCGCUUGAUUUUUUCGAUGGAGUUGAUGGAAAUGCUCCAAGACUCGGUAGCUACUCAGGCACAACAAUUCCCCAACUACUGAACAGCACAUCAAACAACCUCUACCUGACCUUUCAGUCUGACAUCAGUGUAUCGUCUGCUGGCUUCCAUUUGGAGUACACAGCAAUAGGUUUGGAUUCGUGCCCUGAACCGCAGCCCCCCACUAACGGCUACAAAGUGGGAGACCGUUACACUGUAGGCGACAUGGUUUCUUUCCAGUGCGAUCAAGGAUUCUCGCUACAGGGCAAUGCAUAUAUUACGUGCAUGCCUGGUCCUGUCAGAAGGUGGAAUUACCCUGUGCCUUUAUGUCUAGCUCAGUGUGGCGGCUCCAUGACAGAUUUCAGCGGUGUCAUCCUCAGCCCAGGCUUUCCAGGGAAUUACCAGAGCAGCCUGGACUGUAGCUGGAGAGUUCGGCUUCCUAUUGGCUUUGGAAUCCAUCUGCAGUUUUUGAACUUCUCUACAGAGCCAGUUCAUGACUACCUUGAAGUGCGCAGCGGGAGCUUGGAGACUGGAACUGUGAUUGAUCGGUUUAGCGGCUCUCUGGUACCCAACUCUCUGUUCAGCACCACCCAUGAGACUACACUCUUCUUUCACAGUGACUAUUCCCAAAACAAGCCCGGCUUCAAUAUUGUCUAUCAAGCUUAUGAGCUCCAAAGGUGCCCAGAUCCUCGUCCAUUUCGUAAUGGUAUAGUGAUUGGCCAAGACUACAGUGUGGGGAUGACCAUAACUUUUGAGUGCCUCCCAGGUUAUACUUUGCUUGGGGAGCCUUCACUUACCUGUCUGCAUGGAGUCAGCAGAAAUUGGAAUUACCCUAUACCUCGCUGUGAAGCUCUCUGUGGCGGUAAUGUAACAUCAAUGAAUGGCACAAUUUACUCUCCUGGACAUCCAGCUGAAUAUCCCCACUUCCAGGACUGUUUGUGGACUGUCAGAGUACCUCCUGGUUAUGGAAUCUACAUCAAUUUUUCAAUCAUAAACACUGAGCCUAUCUAUGACUACAUCACUGUGUGGGAUGGACCCGAUCAGACCUCACCGCAGAUCGGUCAAUUCAGCGGUAGCUCGGUGCAGGAAGGCGUUUCCACCACCGCCAAUCAGAUCCUCAUCAAGUUUCACAGUGACUUCAGUACCAGCGGCUUCUUUGUGCUGAAUUAUUACGCAUACCAACUGAGAACAUGUCAACCACCACCUCCUGUUGCCAAUGCUACCGUUUUAACUGAUGACGACCACUUCGAAAUAGGGGACAUUAUUCGGUACUCAUGCCUGCCGGGCUUCACCUUGGUAGGCAGUGAGAUUCUGACCUGUCGACUUGGAGAGCGGCUACAGAUGGAUGGACCCCCACCAGUCUGUCAAGUCCAAUGUCCUGCUCACGAAGUGCGUUUUGACUCAACCGGGGUAAUCCUGAGCCCUGGUUACCCUGAAAACUACCCCAACCUCCAGAUGUGUUCUUGGCUGAUAAAUGUGGAAAAGGGUUACAACAUUUCACUGAACUUUGAACUCUUUCAGACAGAAAAGGAGUUUGAUAUUUUGGAAAUAUUUGAUGGUCCAAACAUAUAUAGCCAGAGCCUGGCAUCUCUUAGUGGUGAUAUUGAGACACCAUUCAGUCUUACCACCACUGGCCAUCAGCUACUGCUGCGUUGGUCCUCUGACCAUGGCACCAACCGACGUGGCUUCCACAUCAGAUAUGUGGGUGAGUAUCAAACAAUGUACUGCAGUACCCCUGACUCUCCACAGCAUGGUUUUGUGGUCAGCCAAACUGGGGGUCAUGUUAACAGCACAGUGCGCUGGGCCUGUGACAGGGGAUACAAGCUGAUAGGAAAGGGCACAGCUGUAUGCAAGAAGACCACCUAUGGCUACUACACUUGGGACGCACCAGUUCCUGCCUGUCAAGCUGUUUCAUGUGGCGUGCCCAGUGCGCCAGUCAACGGAGGUGUUCUCGCUGCUGAUUACUCCGUCGGCACACGGGUGACCUACUUUUGCAACAGUGGUUACCGGCUUUCCUCCAAAGAGCUAACAACAACAGUCUGUCAGCCAGACGGUACCUGGAGCAACCACAACAAGAUACCCGGAUGCAUCCUUAUGAUGUGUCCGAGCCUCAGCUCCUUUUCGCUUGACCAUGGGAAGUGGAGUAUCGUCAAUGGGUCCUCUUAUGAAUAUGGUUCCAAGAUCAUCUUUACUUGCAACCCGGGAUACUUCCGUGUUGGCCCUGCUCACAUUCAGUGCCUGGCAAAUGGGGUUUGGAGUUGGAGAAAUGAAAGGCCUCGAUGCAGAAUUGUUUCAUGUGGCGACCUGCCCAUUCCGCCUAAUGGAAAGAAAAUUGGGACUCAGACUACCUUUGGCGCAUCAGCCAUUUUCAGCUGCAACCUUGGCUAUGUUUUAACAGGAUCAACUGUUAGAGAGUGUCUCCUGUCCGGACUUUGGAGUGGUACAGAAACUCAGUGCCUAGCUGGUCAUUGUGGCAUUCCUGAACUCAUUGUGAAUGGGCAGGUGAUCGGAGAGAACUUUGGUUAUCGAGACACUGUGGUUUACCAGUGCAACUCUGGAUUUAGACUUAUUGGUUCAUCAGUCCGGAUUUGCCAGCAGGACCACAACUGGUCAGGAACACUCCCAGUGUGUAUCUCUGUCACGUGUGGCCACCCCGGCAGCCCCAUUUACGGGCGCACCAGCGGCGAUGGCUACAACUACAACGAUGUGGUGCGCUUCUCCUGCAACAAAGGCUAUAGCCUAGAGGGUCCUUCAUCAGCCCAGUGUCAAGCUAACCGUCAGUGGAGCCAGCAGCCUGCAACAUGUAGAGUGGUGAACUGCACAGACCCUGGCAUCCCUGCCAAUUCUAUCCGUGAAAGCAAGAUUGAGCACGGCAACUUUACAUUUGGCAGUGUGGUGUUCUACGACUGCAACCCUGGAUAUUAUCUGUUUGGUUCCUCCGUGCUCACCUGCCAACCAGCUGGUCACUGGGACAAACCUCUGCCAGAAUGCAUUGAGGUGGAAUGCGGCCACCCAGGUAGUCCACCACACGGAUUAAUGAUUGGAGAGAAGUUCACCUUUGGCUCCACGGUGCAAUAUUCUUGCUCUGGAGAGCGCCAGCUCAUAGGAGACUCAUCACUCACUUGUCAGCUUAAUGGCCAUUGGAGUGGACCACUACCCCACUGCUCAGGCAACACUGUGGGCACCUGUGGGGAUCCUGGCACGCCUGCACACGCCAGCAGGGAGGCAGGGAACUUCAAAGUGCGAAGCAAGGUGCGAUUCACCUGCGCAGUGGGACAUACACUGUACGGCUCGGCAGAGAGGAUAUGCUUCCCCAACGGGACGUGGUCGGGCAGACAGCCAUUCUGCAAAGCUGUGCAGUGCGGGAACCCAGGAACACCUGCUCAUGGCCGUAUUUCCCGUGUGGAUGGUACAACCUUCUCCCAUUCCAUUGUUUAUUAUUGUAUGGAAGGCUAUUUCCUCUCUGGUAUGCCCACACGCCAAUGUCUGGCUAAUGGCACGUGGUCUGGAAUGGCUCCAAACUGCACAAUCAUCACUUGUAACGACCCAGGAAUCCCAGCAAACGGACUCAAAUUUGGCGAUGAAACCACUGUGGGCCACAAUGUAACCUUUAUGUGCCAGCCGGGCUUUGUGAUGAUUGGAGGGGAACACAAUGUUACCCGGACCUGCACCAAUAAUGGCACAUGGUGUGGCUCCUUACCAACAUGCAAGGUGGUGACAUGUCCAACACCUCCAUCCAUCCCAAACGGCCUUCUGGAGGGCUCUGUGUGGGAAUGGGGCACCAGCGUGAGCUACAGCUGUCUGUCGGGCUAUGAGCUGUCCUUCCCUGCUGUGCUCACUUGCGCAGGGAAUGGGACGUGGAGUGGAGACCUGCCUCAGUGCUUGCCCAAGUUCUGUGGAGAUCCUGGUGUACCUGCCAAAGGACAUCGAGAAGGGCGCAGCUUCAUUUUUAAGUCAGAGGUGACAUUUAGCUGCAGUGCCCCCUAUGUGCUGGUAGGAUCAACAACACGCAUAUGCCAGGAGGACGGCACCUGGAGUGGAUCUCAGCCCCGAUGUAUCGAGCCCACAAGAACGACAUGUGAAAAUCCAGGAGUGCCAGAACAUGGAUUCAUGAAUUAUACGACUGGUUUCAAGGUGGGCAGCAGAGUGGACUUCCAGUGUCAACAAGGACACAUCCUGCAGGGCUCUACCACUCGACUGUGUUUACCAGAUCUCACCUGGACUGGCACUCAGCCUACCUGCAUCCCUCAUUCAUGCAAGCAGCCACGCAGUCCAGCCAACUCUGAUGUGGCGGGUCUGGACCUGGCCUCCUAUGGUUACACCCUUGUGUACACCUGUCAGCCAGGAUUCUUCCUUUCCGGGGGUUCAGAGCACCGCUUCUGCCGCUCUGAUGGUAGCUGGACUGGCAAGGUGCCUGUGUGCAGAGCUGGAUCCAAAUCACAAGAAAAAACUGUCAAAUUAAUACCAGGGACACCAAGACCUAAAAUAAAUGUUCCCGAAGAUGUAUUUGCUCCAGAUUUCCUGUGGAAAGGCUCCUAUGAUUACAAGGGACAGAAGCAUCCGAUGACGAUGACAGUCUCAAGCUUUAAUACCACAACGGGAAAAGUGAAUGUAACUUUAAACGACAGUAGCAUGGAGUUUCUGCUCUCUGGCGUGUACAAGCACCAGGAGGCAAGGCUGACGCUCCUGCUGUAUCACAUGAGAGCACUGGCCCACAGCUCCUUGAGUCGGAUUACGGAGGAGACCUGGUCAAUGGACGGAUUUGUCUCAGCUGAGCCUGAGGGUGGCAGCUUUGUGUACCAAGGCUUUAUACAGGGUAAAGACUAUGGACAGUUUGGACUACAGAGACUUGGUUUGAGUUUGAGAGAGAAUAUUACACUAGCUGACCCUGAGACCAACACGUCCUCCAACAGCAGCUCUGUUGCUGUCGCAAUCCUCGUGCCUUUCUUUGCGCUCAUCUUGGCCGGUCUUGGUUUUUAUGUCUACAAACAGAGGAAAACAGACAAAGCGCAGUACACAGGAUGUUCUGUUCACGAAAACAACAAUGGACAAGCCACGUUUGAGAAUCCCAUGUACAACACCAACACAAAAGCUGCCGAGGGGAAAGUCGUCCGCUUUGACCCCAAUCUCAACACCAUCUGCACCAUGGUUUGA